ACCAAAACCGAUCAUCAUCAACGACUUCGUCGCGCCCGAGGCAGCGAGGCGCCCCAAAAAAGUUUGCCUCCAUGGCGGCGACGUCGAUGCGCGCGGCGGCCGUCGUAGUGGCCGCGCUCCUCCUCGCGGCGGCGGCGGCGGCCUCCGCCAGGGAGGACACCAACGGCGUGUACGAGCCGUGCGCGGACGCGACGGUGCAGCGCGGGGACGGGUUCACCUUCGGGGUGGUCUUCGCGGGGCGCGACGCCUUCUCCAACGGCGGCGUGCAGCUCUCCCCCUGCGACGGCCGCCUCAAGCUGGCGGACGCCCGCGUGCCGGUCGCGCUCUUCCGCCCCACCGUCGACGAGAUUUCGCUCCUCACCGUCAACGCCUCCGACGCCAACGCCCUGGCAUCUGCUGGUGGAUACAUGGUAGCUUUCGCCGGGAGGAAAUACGCAGCAAGAUCGCUUCCCGUUUUCGUUAGCAACAGCUCAUACUCAGUAACUGCAUUUACCCUGGUCUUCGAGUUCCAGAAAGGCAUCCUCCAGAACCUCUUCUGGAAGGCUGAUGGCUGCUCAUCGUGCUCCAGUAAUUCUGACUUCGCGUGCGUGGACGAGAGCUGCGCGAUCAAGACGUCGAGCUGCAGAGGUAGGGGGAACGGGCAGGUGGACUGCAGCCCCGGAAUACAGCUCGCCUUCUCUGGCACCGACAAGCACGAGGAUGUGUUCAACUCGUGGUACGAGGUGUCGAAGCUGAAGCAGUACUCCCUCUUCGGGCUCUUCUCCAACCUCAAGGACUCCCUGGCGGGACAGUUCAGCCAGUUCUUCUAGCUUUUGGGUCAUCUCUCCGGCCACCUUCCUCUUCGUAGGCAGGCAGCGUUUUGUCCAUUUUAUCCAUGUAGUAUAUCGAUUUUCAGCUAUUGCAUACACUAGUUAACCAAAUCCCUUGUAUAUGUAUUACCGGCUGCUAUAUACACUUGUUAAUUGUUGUGUGUAUGAUAUGAGACAAUGUAAGUUAUGCUUAUAUCUGGAUAGUGAUGGAGUAAUGGAAUUAGUGUA